UGACGGACCCAAAUACUGACUGAGUUUGCGCUGUGCUCACAAGGAAGUGCGGAAAAAUUGGUGCGCCUUUUUCAGCUGAGUUGGCUCAUAUAAAAAGCUGAUGAUUUCUUGGGAUUUUUAUUUGUACAACCUAAAAAUAAAUUGUCCUCAAAGUGGGGCGUAGUAAUUGGCAACAGGCGCCACACGUAACAGCUUUGAAAAUGCCCCGGAGAAAGAGGACAGCGGGCAGCAGCUCGGACGGGACGGAGGACUCGGAUUUUUCCGCCGACCUCGAACACACGGAAACAUCCGAGAGCGCGCACCGGCGCAGCAGCACGCGCCUGACUCGUGCGUCACUGCGCCUCAGCCGGAGCUCACAAGAUAACUGCAGCUCAGUACGGAGCAGCUCUCCUGCGGCCACUGGUCCAGACGAAGACCCCGAUUCUGCUGCAGAGACGGCGGCGGCGGCAGUGGCAGCGUCCGUCUUCUCCUCCGGGCGCAGGAUCACACGCAGCCAGCAGGGGGCGACAAACACCGCACCCAAAACAUACCCGCUGCGUCAGAGCAGGUCUUCCGGCUCAGAUACCGAGGCUAAUGCAGACCUGAAGCAGGGGGCGGACCGGGACGAGACCCCUCCCCGGACCCCGACAGGUAACGCCCUGUCGUCAGAGUCCGACAUCGAUGUUUCCAGCCCCAGCAAUGACCUCGUGUCAUCUAGCAACGACAUAGUAGUGUCGCAAGAGGAGGACGAGAGAUUGGCCAAAGAGCUGUCGCUCAAAGAGGCCGCCGCCCACGACCUCUCCCACCGGCCUAAACGCCGGCGCUUCCACGAGAGCUACAACUUCAACAUGAAGUGUCCCACACCCGGGUGCAACUCCUUGGGGCAUCUAACAGGGAGACAUGAGAGACAUUUCUCCAUAUCGGGAUGCCCUCUCUACCACAAUCUCUCUGCUGAUGAAUGCAAGGGCAAGGCAUCGACGCGCGACAAACAGGCCGAGGAAAGGACGUUGUCACACCGCCAGGACGAGAACAGACACUCCACAAGAAACCAGGCUCCGUCGGAUCGCCAGCUGCGUUACAAGGAGAAGGUGACGGAGCUGAGGAGGAAGAGGAAUUCUGGUCUCAAUAAGGAACAGAAGGACAAGCACAUGGAGCACCGUCAGAGCCACGGAGCGAGCAGGGAGCCGCUGCUGGAGAACAUCACCAGCGACUACGACCUUGAGCUGUUCAGGAAAGCGCAGGCACGUGCCUCGGAUGACCUUUCAGAAAACCCUCCUCUGCAGCCACAGGAGGAGUCUGAGAUAUUUUUGGAGAAACUUCGGCUGGCCGGCCAGGUGUCAGAGGGCAGCAACAUGAUAAAGACCAUUGUUUUUGGCCGCUACGAGCUGGACACGUGGUACCAUUCGCCGUACCCGGAGGAAUACGCUCGCCUGGGGAGGCUCUACAUGUGCGAGUUCUGCCUCAAGUACAUGAAGAGCCAGACCAUUCUGCGCCGGCACAUGGCCAAAUGUGUGUGGAAGCACCCACCAGGUGACGAGAUUUACAGGAAGGGGAAUAUCUCUGUCUUCGAGGUGGAUGGAAAGAAGAACAAGAUCUACUGCCAGAACUUGUGUCUGCUGGCAAAGCUCUUCUUGGACCACAAGACGCUGUAUUACGAUGUAGAACCGUUCCUCUUCUACGUCAUGACCGAAGCUGACAGCACAGGGUGCCAUCUCGUCGGAUACUUUUCCAAGGAGAAGAACUCUUUCCUCAACUACAACGUGUCGUGCAUCCUCACCAUGCCGCAGUACAUGAGGCAGGGCUACGGCAAGAUGCUCAUAGACUUCAGUUACCUGUUGUCCAAAGUGGAGGAGAAAGUGGGCUCACCUGAGCGCCCCCUGUCCGACCUGGGCCUUAUCAGCUAUCGGAGUUACUGGAAGGAGGUGCUGCUGCGCUACCUGAACAACUUCCAGGGCAAAGAGAUCUCCAUCAAAGAGAUCAGUCAGGAGACGGCGGUGAACCCAGUGGAUAUUGUCAGCACGCUGCAAUCCCUCCAGAUGCUAAAAUACUGGAAGGGAAAGCACCUUGUUUUAAAGAGACAGGACCUUAUCGACGACUGGAAGGCCAAGGAGACCAAACGCGGCAACGGCAAGACCGUUGACCCCAAAGCCUUAAAAUGGACACCGCCUAAAGGGACGUAGAGGAGCCUCCUUUCACACUACAAACCCAGAAACACACACACCGACACAGAUACUGCACCGCACACCGGCAUGCUCACAGGCCCUGAGCCUAAGCCCCGCCCACACGCCGUGUCCAAGAGCCUCUCAGCCGCCGGGAACUCUGGGUUCAGAAGUCGAUGUCAGGGCUCCGCAUGAGACGCCAUGAUGUUUGUUUAAGCAUUAAAGGGAAGUCAUCGGGAUUCUUUUGCAGAAAAACAACAAACGCGCAUGUCAUGAAGGGUUAGUUUACGGUUUUGUAUUGAAGCAAAUGAAAGAAAUAUUAAUAUAACAACUUAAAAUGUCCCUAAACAGUUUUAAGGAAACACGAGAAAUAAGGAAUCUAUUUCAUUACAGUCUGUUUAUAUUUAGGUCAUAGAUGAAAGCCACGCCCACUACACGAUCACAUGAAAUUACAUGGCAAUUUGAAUCAGUUCAAGUGUUGUUUUUCAAAUUAUUAAUGUGAUUAUUAAUUUAACACGCAAAUGUAACAGUGACCACCUUGAGGUUCCGUAGAAGAGAGUCGCUCCUUUUUGCAUCUGGUAUUCCCCGGUUUCAGUGUGGCUCAAGAACAAAACAGUGAGCGCGGCCGGCGAUGUCUCCUCGGCCUCAUUUGUUGUGUGACAAGUGAAAGUAAUUGUGCGUUGUUAGUGCACCUCCUCCCCCGGACACUCGAUUAGCUCAGAGCCCCAGCCAACCCCGCUAACCCAAUCUGUGGCAGCCGGUAUUGACCCGGUGCUGCUUCUCGUUCCGUUCCGGAGGUGGCCGACACAACGCAGGUCCGCAGCACGUUGACUCAUGCGAUGCGUUUCGGCAGACACACACCAGCUGGCUGUGAUUAAACCGUGUGAUGCAUGCGCCAGAAAAAAAGAUGAAUGGAGUUUAUAGGAACAAAAAAAAAACC